AUGUUCCCAGAGCAUCAACUUGCAGCUAGAGCCAGAGCUAGAGCCCGGGUAAACGAAGUCGACCGCAGGAAUCAGCCUGAGCGUGGGCGAGCCAGGAUGGAUCACACAACACAAGAAAGACAGCAAGCAGCACAAGAACGACAGCAAAAGACCUCUUCUCCUCAUGAAGAUGGAAAGGAGGAGGAUCAGAUCCGCCAUGACACUCAACAAGAUUUGCCUACUAGAUUAUCCCCUUGUGUAAGAUAG